CCCGACCCGAACCACCGCGCAUUAAAAUCUGCCCCCUCCUGCCACUGCCAGCGACCAAUCCAAUCCCUACCUGCUCGGGAACCACCCGUCGGGCUCCUCCCGCCCCCCUCGCCGCAUCUGCAUGCGGCGGGGAUCUCCGGGCUCGCUCCGUCACCGGAGCCCCAAUCACCGCCACCUCAUCCAAGCCCCCGAAUCCCCCGGGCGCGCAGCACAACCUUGCCGCGAUCGCGCGCGGGAACCGCCGCUGAUUGGGUCGUGAAAGCUCGAUUUUGGGCGAUUUUGAUUCGGAGAACCCGCCGUCAUUCGAUUUUGGCGCGCGUUGCGAGCCGGGAUGGGGUUGCAGCAGUCCAAAGAGGAACUGCUGUACCAGCAGGUCAACUACGGCAACGUCGACGGGAUUCGCACGCUCCGGGGGCAAGGCGCUGGUCUCGAGUGGAUUGACAAGGAAGGGAAGACGCCCCUGAUGCUUGCCUGUAUGCGCCCGGAUCUGUUCGACGUGGCCAAGGUGCUGAUCGAGUUGGGAGCUAAUGUGAAUGCCUACAGGCCUGGGUCACACUGUGGGACAGCAUUGCACCAUGCUGCCAAGAAAGGACUUCAGCAGACUGUCCAUUUACUACUCUCACAUGGAGCUAAUCCGUUCAUACCAAACGAUGAUUGCAAUACUGCCCUCGAAUUGGCAAGAGAAAAGGGUCAUGUGAAUGUUGUUCGUGCCAUAGAGGGACGGCUUUGUCUUUUUUGUGGAUGGAUGAGAGAGAACUAUGCUCCUGCUUUUUUGGAUGCAAUUGCUCCACAGUUCAUGACAAGAAAAAUUUGGGCUGUUGUUUUACCCCGUGAAGUGCGAACUCCAACCAGGCCUCUUAAGUUAGAGAUAGCUAUAUAUCCUGAAUUACAGGCUUCUAAACCACGUUCUGUACUUAAACUAUGGAAAUGUCAAAUUGAGCAACCAAAGCUUAAUCAGGCUGACCCUUCCAUUAUCAUUUUUGACAAAGGAACAAAGACUAGAUACAAGAUCUUACCGGCCUAUGAAGGUGACAAACAGCAGCUUCAAUGGUUUUAUAAUGCAUGUUGUGGCAUGGCACAGGUUUUGAACACGGCUCCAGUAGCACCAGCAAAUCUCCCUAUGCCAAAUCCAGCACCGGCAAUUUCAUCUGUGGCGCCUUCAGAACAAUCUGCACCCAGCAAGGAGGAUGUUGAAUUAGCAAUGGCUAUCAAUGCCUCCAUUCAAUCAGCUAUUGCAGAGGGAGUAUCAGUGCCCAAUGUUCAACCAAAUGCAUCCACCCCCAACAACAAUGGCUGGGCUGCCCCUCCAAGUAAUUCUCACAACGGAUGGGGACCACCAGCCACUCCUGCACCAUCAAAGACGAGCGGUCAGUCCCAGGUCCGGGUAGACGCCCCAAGCAGCAGCACUUACAAUGGAUGGGAUGUGCCCGGAACAAGCUCUAGUCAAAGUUCAUCGAAACCCCACCAAACCCAAACCAACCCUCCAGUCUUGAUUCCACAGGAAGCACUUCAGGCUCUCCCAACCCCAACCGCGCCACCAUUUGCUGAAGAAACCUUCUACAACGGUCCUGUUCACUAUCCAUCCAUAGACUCUACGCCUGUCGAUGUAACCAUGCCGGCUACCACUGGAGGCGGUAGUACAACAGUCAUCGCAACGGCAGCACCUACAGAACAGUUAGAAAAUGAAGCUGAUGCAAGUGACAGCGGCAAAACUCCCUCUGGUACUUGCGUUAUAUGUCUGGAUGCCCCUGUGGAAGGCGCCUGCAUCCCGUGCGGCCACAUGGCUGGUUGCAUGUCCUGUUUGAAGGAUAUAGAAUCCAAGAAGUGGGGAUGCCCUAUCUGCCGUGCCACGAUUAACCAGGUUGUUCGCCUCUAUGCUGUUUGAGGAGUUGAAACGGUGGGUUCAGAAAGUUGGCAAUGGAUUGGAGGGUUCUCGCAACAAAUGUUGAUGGGAACGUCUCUAUCUCAAAAUUGUGCAAUUAUGCUAUUUUGCACUUCGUACUGCACUACAAAUAUGACUUCCGUGUAAUGUAUGUGGGCUGACGCCUUUAUGUACAUAGGUAGUACUAUACAAGACAAUUUUAUAAAAAUCUGGGUAUUGUUGCAAGUUGC